AAAAUAGAAAGAAAAAACUAAAGGUAAUUGAAAAUAAAUUUGAGUUAUUGCAAAAUUGAUAAGAGACCUAAAUAAUGCAAUUCUAAGUUCUCAGAAUGAUUAACGAAAGAGAGAGGGAUAUCGAAGUUACAGAGGUUGCUGGACAACGUCCACGACGUCACCGGAGUCCAGUAAAAUUACCAGAGAGCAACACCAACCCUAGACUAACUGCCACCAGAAAACCUUCAAUUGGAACUUCAGAGAAAUUGGAAUUGAAAUCGGAAAUAGCUUGUGGAGGAACUCUUGGAAUCGAGGCUGGCUUUUUGGGAAGCCCGUUCCCACCGCGCUCACGGCCCGCCGGCGACUGGUCAAAAACUUGGUCGGAUGCGGGAUCCCUCGCUUCAGCGACUGGUAGCAGAGACUUUAAUAAACUUCAAAAGGAAGUUCAGAAAUGGAAAUUGAAAUUGGAAUUUGUAAGGUCUCCCGGUCCCGAAAUAACUGCCUGGAGAUACACAUCGGAUCCGGAUAUCUUACUUGACAUCUUGAUUGGCAUGACGCGUGGAUUCUUCAUCGGAACAUAUAAAUACCUCUCAAGGGUCACGCCAAAAGGCAUCGGAGUGUCUACCCCGAGGAUCCACCUCGGGGCUUUGCAGGUCGAUCCAGAGCACAGAUACGGAUUGAAGAAGGACUUUUGGUCAGCUCGAGGUGGAAACUCGUCUCAACCUGUUGGACGAGGCCAGGUCCCCAGCAACCUUCCACCUCAUCCCCCUCCCCCAAUGCCGAAUGUAUUCCCUCGUGUUGACCAUACAGAAGGAGGGGAUGAAAAUCAGCCACACAAUUCGGCUCACAACUCAGCCUCCACCGCUAACCAAGACGUAGUUACAACUCAGCUCGUUGCCAUGCAACAGCAGUUUGGUGUCUUUCAGCAAGUACUGGCUCAGCUGUUAGUCCGGAACAAUCCUGGUGAUCCACUCAUUAACUUACUUAAUCCUGCCCCACCACAACCCCCAGCCCCACUACAAAAUCCUGAACAAAUUCAACAUGCUCCCGCUGCCCAGAACGCCUCUGAUGCGUUAAUGUGCAAAAUCUUUCUCUCUACCCUCCGAGGCAAUGCUCGAACCUGGUACUACAGUCUGCCUCCGAGGUCAAUUAACUCUUACACAGAACUGGCAUCUGCUUUUGCCACCAAGUUUUCCAGUAGACGAUUGAUCAGGAAAACCACUUCCGAGCUGAUGCGGGUUAAUUCUUUCGACCAAGCUGUGGGAAUUACAGCUGUGAUCUCGGGUCUCGGCCAUGAACGAUUCAGAGAUAGUCUGCUUAAACAUCCUGCCACUACCUUCAGUGAGGUAGUCUCGAUUAUUGCUGAUUUAGGCAUCGAAGUGUCUACCCCGAGGAUCCACCUCGGGGCUUUGCAGGUCGAUCCAGAGCACAGAUACGGAUUGAAGGACUUCUAGUUUGGUGCUGUUACAGAAUUAGAAAUGCAGCAACUCUUGGAAAAAAGGAGAACAACAAUUGUUUUCUGGAAGAUGUUGAUGCUACUUCUGUGAACAAGUUUAACAAUGUUAGUCUAUCUAGUAAUCCUGUGGUUUCCUUCUGUUUCUUCUUCAUGGUGCAGUAAGAAUAUGGGAAAGGAAAAAAAAAGGAGCUAAAGAAAAAGAAAACAGAAUAUGCAAUGUAGCUAAUUUCCAUUAGCUUAUGUAUCUUCAGCAACUACAUAGCGAUCAGAAAAGCAAUUCUCUUCUCUCUUUUGAAAUGCAUUCUCAGCAUAGGUAAUGUUAUCCAAUUUGUCACCAUUCCCUUUCCUCUUCAUGAUUUUGGGAAUCAAUUGAGUUACUUCUUUGGCCUCUGACAUUGUUUCCCUUUGUUUAUCUGUGCAAAACAAACAGCACUAAACUUU